UAACUGUCAGACAUUGACAAUAUAUUCUCAACCAUGUCUACGCAAUUUUCGCUUAAAAGCGAUGGCGAUGAGACUGUUAAAUUAGAAGGUUCUAAAAACACAACAAGCGUAACUACUUCGAAAUCGAAGAAACAUUUAAAACCCAUUUUAACGCGAAAGGUUGUCGAUACCCAAAAGGUUUUUUUUAACGGAGAAGAUGUGACUCCACUUCCUUUAAAACAAGCAGUUGCUAGUUUUCAUAAAGCGUCUUUUCUAAUGGAUCGAAAGCAUUCUCAGUUACGUCGAAGUAGAAAUGAAAGCCAGUCUCAUACUUUACUCGCACCAACUAUUACACCUUCUUCUAUGCGUCUUGCAUCGGAAUCGAUUUCAAAGUUUCAUUCGGAGCUAAGGAAACAGGACAUAGAGGCAGGCAGUUUAUUAAUGCCUACAACAGUAACCUUUAUGAGUUUAAUCGAAGACGUCAUGAUGAAGCAAGUAGAACUGCCGACAAUUGUAACAAGAGGGUCAAUAAAAACCAUUGAAGAGGAAGCUGAUUACGAAUUGCUAUCUGCAAUUGUUCAUGGAACAUAUAAGUCCUCAGCUCCAAUUACUAUUACUUUGGUUGAGACUCCUACCGAGUAUGUUUUCGAAAUGCCUAGUAAAACGGUAGAAAUCAAUACUCCAGAAGGAAAAUGGGUGGAGAAAGACAAUGAUCAUUACGAAUAUUUAACAGUAGGAAAAGGUCGAAACAGAAAAAUGGUCCAUCAAGAAACGCAAACAAUGGAAAAACUAUUAAAGAAACGGAAUACAGACCAGGAAGAAGAUCCUAAGGAAAACGAAAGAAAAGUUGCGAAACGUACUUGUACGUCACCAAUCAGGACAAGAGAAAACUUUUCUUACGUAUCCUACUAUGAAAUGUAUGAUACGUAUCAAGAAUUGGCAGAAAAAGAAAAGGAAGAGCUGGAGCAAAGAGACCAAGUCGUUCAGAUGACUGACAAACAAAAGGGCGACGAAAAGAAAUCGACUAAAGAAGAUCAUCUAGACGUCGCAGAAAGGGAAAUAAUCAAGCUCUCACAAAACGAACGUUUUUUCGAAGCUGCUUGCGUAAUUGAAAGACUUCUUGCAAAUAAUCUUUUCAAUUAUCAGCAAAAAAGAUAUAGAGGAAUUAUCAAACCUGAUCCGUUUCGUGAAGAUAUUGAAUAUAAAUACAGGUUGAACCAUUUGUGGACAUACGCAAACGAAAAUACCAAUGAGCGUUGUGUAAGUUGCGGAACUCACAAUCCAGCCAACGAUGAUCUUUUCGCUGUUGGUUUCGGAAAAUAUUAUUUCACUGACGUCUGUAAAGGAAUGGUCAUGAUAUGGAGCAUAAAAAAUCCUGUUCAGCCUGAAAGAACGUACAACUUCGAAGUACCUGUCACUUGUUUAUCGUUCAGCUCAUUAAAUCCUAAUAUUCUGGGAAUUGGGUUUUAUGAUGGAAAAAUUGUAAUAAUUGACACCACUCACAGACAUUUAGAAAUUGCUGCCGAAAGUGGAGAAGACUCUCCAUCACAUGUUCCAGUUUGGCAGUUGGUUUGGUAUCCGCCAAAAGACUCAGAGGGUGAGCAAGAAAUGGUCAUGGGGGCAUUUCACGACGGCAGAAUUUGUAUGUACGUAAAUACUGGCAAUUUAUAUUUAAAAUGUGAUCAAAUUAUGCGUCUCACAACACCCGAGGGCAAACAGAAGGGUCUUUACACUUUAAGACAGUGCCGACCAAAAGGACUGCAAUGUAACGAAUACGUACCCGCCAUGGUGGUAAGAAGACAUCCAAAAAACAAGUACUAUUACUACGUUGCCAGCAAUGAAGGAACGGUACAUCGAUGUUCCACACACUAUUAUCAGCAUUACUUGGACGUUUUUAAGGCUCAUGAUGGUGGAAUUACGGAAAUGGUUAGUUCACCGUUUUGUAAUAAAGUUUAUCUUACUUGUGGGAACGACUGGUAUUGUCGGAUAUGGGCAGAAGAUAUAACUGAACCAAUUGUCGAAUUAACAAAAGAAAUGGAAUCAUGUGAAGGUGCAGCAUGGAGUCCGACCCAUUCAACCGUAGUUGCGAGUUUAACCGGAAACAACAUUUACAUAUGGGAUUUACAGAGAAAAACAUAUUAUCCUCAGUCGAUUCAUCAAACGCCUGCUGCUUGUAGAAACACCUUUGUACGUUUUACAAGAAAUGGGGAAUGUUUAUUGGUGGGUGAUAUGGAAGGAAAUGUUCACGUGUUUUCCCUAGAAGACAUGCCUUUUCCGGCCUUUUACAGUGAUGCUUUACUUACACUUUCCUUACUAAAAGCCUUGCAAACAAAACCAGACCUUCAGAAGAAAUUGGAAAAACUUGGAAGUCUCAAAUUUGAUACCACCAAGUCGGGACGAUUUUUUGAAUAAAUUCUAUCUUAUGAUUUUCAUUUAUUUGUAUUACUCAUAUUAUUAUUAUUUAAUUUUUAUAAGUCAAAUGUAAAUUUAUAAUAAAUUUGGUACUUACUUAUUAACAAGUACC